AUGGCAGCCUUACCUCCCAUCUCUGAUGUACAUCAACCCGUUAGGUCGAUUAGUUUACCCUCCAGGGUCCAUCCCACUUGUGUUAAACUUGAAGCCGCACUUAACCAUCUAAAAGCCUGGAAAACAUCCUCAAUUUCAACCAGUACUGCUGGUUUUUCCGGUGAGACCAUUCGGAUUGGUCUAGUUGACCUUGCAGAUUUGUAUAACUGUGUCCGAGAAACCAUCACCUCUCCUCAAACCCAAAGAUCACUUGUUCAGUAUCAAAACGGGAGACUCGUAGAAGAGGCAUUAGAUGAGUCCGUCACAUUUCUAGACACUUGUGGCAAAGCUAGGGAUCUAUUGUUGGCGAUGAAACAACAUGUACAAACCCUUCAAUCGGCUCUACGCCGAAGACGUGGAGAUUCAAGCAUUGAAACUCAAAUUGCAGCUUACAUCAACUUCAGGAAGACGGUAAAAAAGGAAGUAGCCAAGUGCCUUGGAGCAUUGAAGAAAUUAGAACGCAGAUUCGUUUCCUCGUCCACACCCUUGGAUGUAGACCCUCAUCUGCUAAUGGUGGUCAAAGUCCUAAGAGAAACAACCUCCAUUACCAUCUCUGUUUUUCAAUCUCUCCUGCUCUUCCUGUCAGUUCCUUCGAUGAAGACAAGGGUUGGAGGAUGGUCAAAGAUUACAAAAUUAAUUCCAUUACUUUCAUCUGAAAGAGAGCACAAGGUGAUAAAUGAAGUUGGGGCCGUCGAUCUUGCUUUCUGCUCCAUCAACGGACAGUUGAAGAAUGGUGGUGGCAUGGUCGAAGUAGACAUGUUGCAGAGGACUUUGAAGGCUGUCGGUGCCACCAUUGAUGGCUUUGAAACUGGAUUAGAUUGCGUUUUUAGGUGUCUAGUUCAAAACAGGGUCACUUUUCUCAACAUCAUCACUCAUCAGUGA